UGGUCACUCUGGAAGUACGGAAUGUUUUGGUAGCUGAUAAUAAAUUUUUAUUUCCUUUUCCCAGCAGUUCAGUGCGAACGGUGCCAGUGUCCCUAUUCUACCUCGAAUCCAAUCCCAUUACCAUGUCGAAGCUUUACCACGGUGUCAUCAAUGUGGCCGAUAAGUUUGUCCCCAACGCGUUGCGGCCCCUGUGGAACCACGCUGCUGGACCGAAAACAGUUUUCUUCUGGGCGCCCGUCUUUAAAUGGGGCUUGGUCGUAGCCGGAUUGAGUGACCUUCGACGUCCUGCGGACCAGCUGUCAGUUUCGCAGUCCGCUUCACUGGCGGCAACCGGAAUAAUUUGGUCGCGCUACUCGCUGGUGAUCAUUCCCAAAAAUUGGGGUCUCUUCUCGGUGAACGUGUUCGUCGCCGGUACGCAAGUACUGCAACUGUAUCGCGCGUGGGACUUUUCGCGCAAGGCACCGAAAACCGCUUCCUAGACGAAUACGCAAGUGCGAAUGCCGUACCUGCGGACUAAUAACUCUAUGUGAAAAUCGGAGCAGUUUUUAUAAAACGCUGCUAUUUUUAUAAACACUAUAUCUGAAACUGUACAGUCCAGGUUUGAUGUAAAUGAUAUUAGAAUGUGUACAGUAUAAAUAUUUGCACAAAAGAUAAAAACGAUCUGUAGUAGAA